AUGUUAAAAUUCACAAGUAAAAGUCAUCUCCACCGUCCAGACUUGCUGAUAAUCCGACAAUUGCCUAUUCGAUAUAUUUUUCAUAGAUCGCUGUCGAACGUUGUAAAAGCAAAUAAUACCCAAAAGUCUGAUCCGCCCCCCAAAAAGAAACCGAAAGAAAAAAUCACGGCACAAAGGUUAUUUAAAGAUGCUCCCAAAAACCAACAAAUUUUAGCUAAAAGUAUCGACAAGGCUGUGCCCAAGAUAAUCACUCCAGACGCGCAAAAAUCCAAUUCGGCCAAGAAAAAAAUAUCUAUUGAAAAAACCAAGCCAGCAGGAUUAAUAGUGAAAACGAAUCAACAACAAAAGCCGAUUCCCGCCAAAACCAAGAACGCGCCCAUACCUCCAACCAUUCACAGCAAAGGUAUACAAAAAUCCAAGCUCGAGGUGAAAAAAGCAGAUGUAAAACCUGCGGUAAAACGGCAAAUUAAUGAAUCAGGGAGCAAAACAAAUUCCACUGCUCAAGAUGCCGUGCCGGGUGUGCCGGGCGCGCCGGGUGCUCAAAAGCCCAAACCCAAGAAAAAAAAAGUAGAUGAAAAAACUACGGUAAAAUGGUUAAUUAAUGCGCCAGAGAACAAUCAACCAAGUCCUCCUAGCAAUCUUGCUCAAGAGACUCUCAAACUGACUGUUAUUGACGUUCCGGAAAUAGAAAGCGGACCAGCCGAAUUUGAAUUUGCAUCAUCCGAGUCACAAACAGAUGUCGUGCCGUUAAAAGUUGGAGAUUUAGUAGAAUUUCGAAGAAAUGGGAACUCUUUUAUUGGCAUACUCUACAAAUUAAGAGGAGCUGAAGGAAUUGACAAAACCUACACGCUAUUGCCAAGCGGAGCAGCCGUCCCUCACCGCGACGAUGAUAUUGCGUUCCAUAUUCCCGGCUUUGCCUAUUUACCCCGCGGGGAUAAACCGGCGCCACCAGAGGGUUCACCCAUCUUUAUCAGUCAUGCGAGACUUGCAGGAGAUUUGGAAAAGGCGGCAAUAUCUUUGAUGCAAUACAAACACCUUGAAUUCAAAAAGGCAUAUUCUCAUUUCAUUCAAACAUCUGGGACCACGCCAAUAUCUACCAAGACCAUGGCUAGUCACGUGUUUAAAGAAAAUGAACCACAAUCUGCUCAAUUGCUUGCUGCACAUUUGUUUAUGAUGAAGCAUUAUAUUCAUUUUAUAGUUGCUGAUCCAAGCAAGCACCGAUCAGCUGGUUACUUUAAAUUACGUCCGCUCAAAAGUGUAAACGAUCUCGAGGCAGCCAUGCAAUGGACUCGAAAAACAACCCACCCCACUAUGAACACUUCAAUCGAAAACCUACCCAAAUUUACUGAUGACGAUAGGUUAUUUAUUGACAUGUUGAAACAGUACACGUUGGAAGAGAAAGGCUGGCAGGAUUUGUCAUUGGAUGUAUCGGCAUCAGCAAUACUAAAACCAUUGAAAUUGUAUAAAGGAAUAAUAGACAAGGACUGUGUCGUAACAUUUCUCAGAGACAUUGGUGUAUGGACACCCUGGGAGAAUCUAGCCGUCUACCAUCCUGUGCUGAAAUUACAAGGCCAUGGCGUCUCAAAAGACGCUGACGCCGAACACGAACAAUCUAUACAACUUGCACGGAAGUUGCUUGAUCUUCCGUCAUUUGACUAUAGCGAAAAAAAAAAGACUUUGCCAAAAGAGAAUAAUAGCAAGACCGGUCCGUUAAUCAAGACUAGACCGGUUCUUGGAGAAGAAGAGUUUUAUCCGUACGAUAUCUGUAGCGACAUCCGUCAUGAUUUUGGUAAUCUGCCAGUGUAUACCAUUGAUGAUCCGACAGCGCACGAAAUCGAUGAUGGAGUAUCUAUAGAACGUGUUAUGGACAAUGGUUCGGGUUCUGCAAGCACGUGGGUACAUGUUCACGUCGCAGACCCAUCGGCAUACAUUCAUCCGGCACACAAGCUAGCUCGCUUGGCUAAAUCACGUGUUCAGACGGUUUAUUUUCCUGAAAAAAACUAUGGCAUGUUGCCAGAGAGUCUGAACGAGAAGCGGUUUAGUUUAGGGACGGAAACAAAAGAUGGUGGAAAUAAUGUGAUGACGUUUAGCGUUCAAAUAGACGAUAAUGGUAAUAUAAUGAACUAUAAGGUACAACCGGGUAUCGUUAGACAGGUAAAGACAUUGUACUAUGACGACGUGGAUUCCGUUCUGUCGUGGGACUGUAUACCUGGUGGAAAAGAAGAAGCCAAAUUGAUACACAGUAUGUGUCACUAUUAUCCGAACCCGGUAGCCUGGAGAAAAUUAGAGGGCUCGGUUCCCGCUUGGGCUCACAAGGACCUUUUAGAUCUGCAACAGGUUGCAAAAUUGCAUAUGCAAUAUCGAUUUAAAAAUGGAAGUUUCAACUAUAACGAGCCAUUCGCAGAAGUAGCAAUAGCACCGCGUCCAUUACCAUCAAAUCCCAGCAUAAUAGAGCAGCCGACCUUUUAUUCAGGUAACCCCGACAUUCAGGUAACCGUUGAUCGUAGCAACCACUCUCCCGCGCGAGCAAUGGUGGCCGAGCUAAUGAUAAUGGCCGGACGAGCGGCGGCACUCUUUUGCCACGAGCGUAAUAUUCCCAUGACUUAUAGGACUCAGGUUGGAUCACAAUCAACUAUAUACGAAAGCAUCCUGUCGCACGUCGAUCCCGUGACGGGAGUCUUGCCCGUAAAAGAAAUAGCAAAGAUACGACCAUUCAUGGGAAGCGUACAAAUAACAACGGAAGCUGGACCCCAUUUGAACAUGGGAAUAAAAGAUGGCUACUGCAAAGUCACGUCACCGUUACGGCGUUAUGUUGAUAUGUUGGCUCAUUGGCAGAUAAAGGCUCAUCUUCUUGGAGAGACGCCUCCGUUUUCGACUCAAGAUCUCAAUAACCUAGCGUCAUCCAUAAGAUCACGCGAACGGACUAUCAAAACGGUCAGCUCGAGAGCAACCAAGUAUUGGGUAUUGUUUUUGGUUCGCCGUUUGCUCGAGCAGGGGAAAUCGUUGGAAUGCACAGCAGUGGUGACGGACGAUAUCGAGAAAGAUACAAAGAUCGUGUAUGUAAGAGAAUUUGGUGUUAAUGCAAAACUUAUCGAGGGAGACAAGUUGACGAUUGGUGAUGUUGCUAAAGUGCGACCGAUUUAUGUUCAGCCUCAUCAAUGGAGUUGGGUAGUUCUGCCGAUCAAGUGA